AUGGCGAAGCGAAACCGAGAGAAUGGUGUUGCAAAUUCGAAGAAUGCAAGGCGAAAGAUUGAUGCGACAGCGAAAGGCAAGAAGAAGCUGAUCAUCAAUGCCUUCGUUGAGAUGUGCAGUGGCCACCAGUCACCAGGCCUGUGGAGACAUCCUGAUGACCGUUCGCAUGAGUUCAACAACAUCGAGCACUGGGUAGAGCUUGCGAAGCUGCUUGAAAAUGCCAAAAUUCAUGGUAUCUUCGUAGCCGACGUGCUCGGUGGAUAUGAUGUCUACAAUGGCAAUCUUGAUGCUGCAAAAAUCUCAGGCGCGCAAUGGCCAGUCAAUGAGCCUUUGGCCAUUGUGAGUGCCAUGGCAGCAGUCACCAAGAGCAUCGGAUUCGGCGUGACUGUCUCGACAACAUACGAACAACCGUACCACCUUGCUCGGAGAUUAUCGACGGUCGAUCAUCUUUCGAAGGGAAGCUAUCUAGACUCGGCUGCGCGUAACAUGGGUAUGAAGGAGCAACUGCCGCAUGACGAGCGCUAUGCGCAGGCUGAGGAAUAUGUGAAGGUCAUGUAUAAACUGCUAGAGUCUUCUUGGAGAGAUGAUGCAGUCGUACUGGACCGGAAGAGUGGUGUAUACACGGUACCCGAUCGGGUGCGCGAGAUCAACCACGAGGGAAAGUACUUCAACGUGCCUGGCCCUCACAUAUGCCAGCCAAGCCCGCAACGUACGCCUCUCAUCCUCCAGGCGGGUGCGUCGAAGGCAGGAAAGACAUUUGCAGCACAAAAUGCGGAAGCAAUAUUCGUCUCCGCCCAUGCGCCCGAGGUCUGUGCGAAAAACAUCGCAGAAAUCCGACACAUUGCCUCUUCGCAGUUCGGUCGGGAAGGGAAGAACAUCAAGUUUCUUGCCCUUGUAACACCCAUCAUCGGUCGAACCGAAGAAGAGGCCCAGGCCAAGCUUGCCGAUUACCGCAAAUAUGCGUCCUUGGAAGGAGCGUUGUCGCUGUUCUGUGGUUGGACUGGCAUUGAUCUCGGAAAAUACGGAGACGAUGAGGAAUUGCGUCACGUCGAGAGCAACGCUGUGCGGUCUACUGUCGAAGGCUACGCUCGGUUCUCCCCUGGUACUUCCAAAUGGACGAAGCAUACAGUCGCGGAGCACGUGAGCAUCGGUGGAAACGGUCCCAUUCUUGUUGGAACUCCAUCCCAAGUUGCGGAUGGGUUGCAAGUCUGGAUUGACGAGGCCGACGUUGACGGUUUCAACAUGUCGUUCGUGGACAUGAUUGAGCUGUUACUUCCCGAGCUCAAGAAGCGGGGUUUAUUCUGGAACGAUUAUGCUGUGCCUGGUGGCACUUAUCGCGAAAACUUCUAUGCGAAGAAGGGACAGAAAGGCCCGCUUGAGGAGCACGUGGCAUCGACGUAUCGGUGGAAGGCGGGAGUCGAUGCUAAGGACCACGUCAUUCCGGAGUGA